AUGCGGAAAAUGUCGAAAACUUCGGAUACGCCUACCUACAGUCAGUUCGCGUGCGUGGGGAGUGGGUUCUCGGCGAUCGGGCUGGGAGCUACGUUGAAAAGAUGGUACGGCAUAGGCGAUAUCAAAUUCUUUGAGCGGCACAGUGAUCUCGGAGGAACAUGGUUUAUCAACCAAUACCCAGGAUGUGCAUGCGACGUGCCCAGCGCAUUGUACAGCUUCUCGUUCGAGUCCAACCCAGACUGGAGUCGAGUACUGCCUCCGCAACAGGAGCUAUGGCAGUACCUCCACGAUGUGGCCAAGAAAUACUCGCUCAUAGAGAAGAUGAGGUUCGGCGUUAAUGUCGAGCAAUGCGUCUGGUCGGAAGAACGCAAACGCUGGAGGAUGAACAUCCGUCAUUACGAAACCAACCGAGUCUUCGCGCAUGAGUGUCAGUUCCUCUUCGCUGCCACAGGACAACUCAUGCAGCCGCGGGAGAUCGAUGUUCCCGGUUCAACAAGCUUCAAGGGUCGCAUCUUCCAUUCGUCCCGGUGGGAUCAAACCGUGGAUAUCCAGGACAAGAAAGUUGUUGUCAUUGGGAACGGGUGUACUGCAUCGCAAAUCGUACCGGCCAUUGUAGGCAAGACGAAGCACCUCACGCAAGCUAUCCGCACAAAGCACUGGGUCUUACCCCCCGUUGACAACGAGAAUACAGAGUUCAUGAAGAAUGUCUUGAGGCAUGUGCCAGGAACACAGACGCUGCAGAGAUUUCUGGUCUUCGCUGCGGCAGAAAACACAUUGCGAGGGUUUUACAUGACGAAUGAUGGGAAUAAGUAUCGCAAGCGUGCUAGAGCCAACGCUGAGAAGUACAUGAAGACAACGGCGCCGGCGAAGUAUCAUGACAAGCUCAUACCUGACUUCGAACUCGGCUGCAAGAGACGCAUCUUCGACUCAGGUUACUUGAAGAGCUUGCACUCGGAAAAUCUCUCUCUACUAGACGACCCGAUCCAAGAAAUUGUACCAGAGGGUAUUCGAACUCGGGAAGGCGUCACAGAGGCGGAUGUCAUCGUUUUGGCCAAUGGUUUCGUAACAAAUAAUGCGGUUGGGGGCUUGGAUGUCAUUGGUCGAAAUGGAGAGCAGAUAGACCAGCAUUGGGAGUCGUUUGGUGGCCCAGAGGCCUACAAUUGCACGAUUGCAAGCGGUUUCCCAAACUUCUUUGUACUUCUUGGCCACACGUCCACCAACAUCGCAGCGGAAAACUCCAUUAACUUUGCACUUCGCAUUAUCAAACCGGUGCUUGAUGGCAAGGGAAUGACCGUCGAAGUUACUAGAGAGGCAGAGCAGCAAUACGUCAGCCAGAUGCAGGCCGACAUGCAAAAGACUGUAUGGUCUACGGGAUGCACUAGCUGGUAUCUGAAGGACACAACGGACGGCAAGAAGUGGAAUGGCUCGACAUAUCCUUACUCUCAAGCGUACUUCUGGUAUCGCUGCUUGUUCCCCGACUUUGGUGACUUGGAAAUACGUGUAAGCAUGCGAGUGAGACGAGGUAACUUGGAACGGUAA